CGGCCUCAGAUUGGUCGAGUCUGAACGGGCUGCCGGAAAAAGCGGAAGCGCGCUCUUUCAAACUCGCCUUCCCAACUUCGAGAGACGCAGACCACUUCCGGCGUAGCCAUGGCGGCUAACGCUACCACCAACCCGUCUCAGCUUCUCCCUCUAGAGCUUGUGGACAAGUGUAUAGGAUCAAGGAUUCACAUUGUGAUGAAGAGUGAUAAGGAGAUUGUUGGCACACUUCUGGGAUUUGAUGACUUUGUCAAUAUGGUACUGGAAGAUGUCACUGAGUUUGAAAUCACACCAGAAGGAAGAAGAAUUACUAAAUUAGAUCAAAUUUUGCUAAAUGGAAAUAACAUAACAAUGCUGGUUCCUGGAGGAGAAGGACCUGAAGUAUGAAUGGAUUUCCUUGACUUAUGCUAGAUUCUGUUUUGUCUUAUAAUGACAACAAAAUAGAAUUUUUAUUUUAACCUUUUAAUGUUUGUAUUCUCUGAAGCCAAGUUUUCCGUUAAAGGGAAAUGCUUUGAAGAUGCAUUGUAAAUGCCUGUUUUUGUAAGUUAAUCAUGAUUAUGUUGGAAAAAGAAGAACAGUUUGUUCUUUGAAAACAAAAAUAAAGGUGUUUUUGUUAACUGUCA